AUGGUCCACACUGACUCCUCGAAUUUCGCCCAUGGGGCCUCAAAGCGCGAGGUAGCUUCUCUUUUUGCUAACGCCUUCUCACACUUGACAGGUCUGCAACCUGGCCAACAGCUCCUCCCUCCUCUGGCACGCUUACAAAUCCCUCCCGUCACCCUCGUGCCAUUGAGGGUCGAGGACGUGCAUGACUUCCCAGGACACAUAGCCUGCGAUGGGGACAGUAGAAGUGAGAUCGUGGUGCCGAUCUUGGCCAAGCAUGGGAAGAUUGUUGCAAUUAUAGACGUCGAUUGUACGGAGGUGGGAGGUUUUGAUAAGGCGGAUGAGGAAGGGUUGGGGAGUUUGGCCCAACUGCUUGGGGAUAGCUGUGAUUGGGAAAUUUGA